CAAGGGACAGACGCCAUGAGGGCUCUGCUGCUCCUGGGGUCCCUGCUGGUGAGCCUGGAGCCAGUGCUUUCGAUCCCACCUUGGAAAGCUCACAGGGUGCAUAAGCAAGGAACCGAUGAGCCCACAGUAGUUCUUACUGUCACUGGGGAGCCCUGCCACUUCCCCUUCCAGUACCAUCGGCAGUUGUACCACAAAUGUAUCCACAAAGGCUGGCCAGGCCCCAGACCCUGGUGUGCUACCACCCCAAACUUUGAUCAGGACCAGCAAUGGGCACACUGCCUGGAGCCCAAGAAAGUGAAAGACCACUGCAGCAAACACAGCCCCUGCCACAAAGGAGGGACAUGUGUGAAUAUGCCAAAUGGACCACACUGCCUCUGUCCGGAACACCUCACUGGGAAGCACUGCCAGAAAGAGAAGUGCUUUGAGCCUCAGCUUCUCCGGUUCUUCCAUGAGAAUGAGAUAUGGCUUAGACCUGGGCCAGCAGGUGUGGCCAAAUGCCACUGCAAAGGUCCUGAUGCUCACUGCAAGCCACUGGCCAGCCAUGCCUGCCACACCAACCUAUGCCUCAAUGGGGGCCGCUGCCUGGAGGCCGAAGGACAAAGCCUGUGCCAUUGCCCAGUGGGCUAUACCGGACCCUUCUGUGACUUGGAUGUUGAGGCAAACUGCUACCAUGACCGUGGGCUUAGCUACCGUGGCAAGGCCAGGACCACUCUCUCUGGUGCAACUUGUCAGCGGUGGGACUCCGAGGCCACCUACAGGAACGUGACUGCGGAGCAAGCACUAAGCCGGGGACUGGGUCACCACACCUUCUGCCGGAACCCGGAUAAUGAUACCCGCCCGUGGUGCUUUGUCUGGAAAGGUGACCGGCUGAGCUGGGAGUAUUGCGACUUGGCACAGUGCUGGACCACAAUCCAGGCAGCACCUCCACUCAUGGACGCCCUUGGGCGUCAGGACCUGCCCAUGCCCCAGCCUUCAGCACUGCAAAAGCCUCAGCCCACGACCCAGUCCCCGCCUCAUUCCCUGACCCCAGCCCCCUCGAAGCAGCCAACUCGCCUGUCUAGGACCAGCCCUCCCAGCUGCGGACAGCGGCUCCGGAAGAGCCUGUCCCCGCUGAGUCGAGUUGUGGGCGGACUAGUGGCGCUGCCCGGGGCACAUCCCUACAUCGCAGCGUUGUACUGGGGCGACAGUUUCUGCGCCGGCAGCCUCAUCGCCCCCUGCUGGGUGCUGACCGCGGCUCACUGCCUGCAGAACCGGCCGGCGCCGGAGGACCUGACGGUAGUGCUCGGCCAGGAACUCCAUAACCAGACCUGUAAGCAAUGCCAGACGCUGGGCGUGCGCUCCUACCGCCUCCACGAGGCUUUCUCGUCCAACACCUAUCAGCACGACUUGGCUCUGCUGCGCCUUCAGGAGAGCGCGGACGGCAGCUGCGCGCGUCUCUCACCUUACGUUCAGCCAGUGUGCCUACCCAGCGGCACUGCCCAAACCUCCGAGCCCGAGGACAUGCUUUGCCAAGUGGCGGGCUGGGGCCACCAGUACGAGGGGGCGGAGGAUUAUUCCACCUUCCUGCAGGAGGCGCAGGUGCCUUUCAUCUCUCAGGAGCACUGCUCCGCUUCUGAAGUGCACGGGGAUGCUAUCCUCCCUGGAAUGCUCUGCGCUGGCUUCCUCGAGGGUGGCACAGACGCGUGCCAGGGUGAUUCCGGGGGCCCUCUGGUGUGUGAGGACCAGGCUGCAGAGAACCGGCUCACCUUGAGAGGCGUCAUCAGCUGGGGCUCCGGAUGUGGCGACCGCAACAAGCCCGGCGUUUACACCGACGUGGCCAGCUACGUGGAUUGGAUCCAGGAGCACAUAGUUUCCUAACUACCCAGGGAUUCGUCUUUCCCUCCUAGUGGGAGGGUGGCUGGGUAAUGAACACUGACUAAAGAUUGUGCCACAUUCCUCCCAGUGCCACCAGCCAGGUGCCAGGGGCACAGAAACUCAAUAAAAUGCUUUGAAAAUGCC